AUGGAAUUUAUUUUCCCACUUUCAGGAUAUGUUGAGAGGGAAACCACACUUAUUGGAUCCCUUACUGUGCGUGAAUUCCUUUACUACUCAGCACUGCUCCAGCUUCCUGGUUUCUUCUGUCAAAAAAAGAGUGUGGUAGAGGAUGCCAUUCUUGCUAUGUCACUGGGUGAUUAUGCAAAUAAACUCAUAGGAGGUCACUGUUUCAUGAAGGGUCUUCCUAAUGGCGAAAGAAGGCGUGUUGGUAUUGCUAGGGAGCUUCUUACGAGACCACAUAUUCUUUUUAUAGACGAGCCUCUUUAUCACCUUGACAGUGUAUCUGCACUUCUUAUGAUGGUAACACUAAAAAAACUCGCUAGUACUGGAUGCACUCUUAUAUUCACUAUCUACCAGAGCAGCACGGAAGUAUUUGGUCUCUUUGAUCGUAUCUGCCUGCUUUCAAAUGGAAACACACUGUUUUUUGGAGAGACAUUGGCAUGUUUGCAGCACUUUUCAAAUGCUGGAUUUCCUUGCCCAAUUAUGCAAAGUCCGUCUGAUCACUUUUUACGUGCAAUAAACACAGACUUUGACAGGAUUAUUGCAAUGUGCAAAAAUUGGCAGGAUGAUGGGGGAGAUUUUUCAUCUGUAAAUAUGGACACUGCUGUAGCAAUACGCACCCUCGAAGCAACUUAUAAGUCAUCUGCAGAUGCUGCUGCUGUUGAAACUAUGAUAUUAAAACUCACUGAAAAGCUAAAUCCAAACUACAAGUUUCUAAAUGUUCUUCUCUUGAUGUGCUAUCUCUUCCCUGAAAUCAUGCCUGUUCUGCAUUUAACCUGCAUUACCUCUGAGGAGGGUCCAUCUCUAAAAAGCAAGGGGAAGGCAAGCAUUGCCACACGAAUUGCAUGUUGGGACUGUGUUUCUGGAUUAGGGCAUUCCUUGUCAUCUAUUGUGACUAGAGUAGCUGCAAUAUUUGUAUUCAUAUCUUUCACCUCCCUUCUAAGCAUCGCUGGAGUACCCGCGCAUAUGAAAGAAAUCAAGAUUUAUGCCUGUGAACAGUCAAACCAGCACUCAGGGGCAUUGGUUUUUUUACUUGGGCAACUCCUUUCCAGUAUCCCUUUCUUGUUCCUUGUAUCCAUUUCUUCUGGACUUGUCUUCUAUUUCCUGAUAGGGUUACGGGACCAGUUCAACUUGUUGAUGUACUUUGUUCUCAACUUCUUCAUGUGCCUGUUAGCAAAUGAAGGACUAAUUAUGUCUGUUGUUACCAUUUGGCAAGACAUUUUCUGGAGUAUCUUAACUCUGUUGUGCAUAAAUGUUUUAAUGAUGCUUUCAGCUGGCUAUUUCAGAAGUCGGAGUGCUUUGCCAGGACCAGUAUGGAUGUACCCAAUCUCCUAUAUUGCCUUCCAUACUUACUCUAUCCAGGCAAAAUACGUGGAAGGACUCUUGGAGAAUGAAUACAAUGGGACUUCUUUUGCAGUUGGGCAGGUGAGGACAAUAUCUGGUUAUCAAGCCCUGCAAAGUUCAUACGAGACUUCGCCCAACGGUCAUUCCAAGUGGGAGAAUUUACUCGUGUUGUUUCUCAUGGCCAUUGGAUACCGUGUUCUUGUGUUCUUUUUGCUACAAUUUUGUGUUAGAAAGAACUUAUCUUCACGUAGACUGUUCUGGUGUAAUAAGAGCACAAACAAUGCAAGAUAA